AUGACUGGUUUAGCGCAAAGAUAUGAGAUCAACGCUGAUAUGGGAGAAGGCUUCGGCCGAUGGAAAAUGGGCCCAGAUGAGGAUCUCAUGCCUCUCAUAGAUGCAGCAAAUAUUGCAUGUGGCUUUCACGCUGGUGAUCCAUCCAUCAUGCUAAAGACAAUUCGUCUCUGCAAGCAACAUGGCGUCAAAGCUGGUGCCCAUCCUGGCUUACAAGACCUCUUUGGCUUUGGACGCCGAAAAAUGGAAAUCGACCCCAAGGACAUGUAUGCAAUGGUCUUGUAUCAAGUUGGAGCCCUAAAAGCAAUGCUGGAUGCCGAAGGUGUUGAGCUGUCUCACAUAAAACCUCACGGGGAACUCUUCUUCUACAUGCAAAGAGACAAGGGCAUAAUGAGAGCUGUACUAGAAGCUUGUGCAACUUUCAAAGUUCCUGUAUACGCCUGCCAGAACCCGGAACAGGAGGCCAUGUGUAAUGAGAUGGGCGUUCCGUUUCAGGGAGAGGUCUACGUUGAUAUCGACUACUCACCAGAGGGAAAACUUGUUCCCUUUGCGCAAUCUCAUCCUGUGACACCGGAGAUAUGUCAUGAGAGGGCUUUUGGUGCGGCCAUGAAGGAUACAGGGAAGGAUAUCAACGGGGAUCCAUUCAACUUUGGAUUCAAGGGGAAGCCGUUCAGUAUAUGCCUACAUUCUGAUUCGCCGACUGUGCUGGAGAAUGCGAAGCUGGUUCGACAGGCAGUGGAUGAAGCGAAUCGAAAGAAGUUUUCUUCGCAGAAUACCAAUGGUCAUAGAUUGUAG